AAAUUUAAAUCAGUUCGUGUCGGGGCCACCGAAUGAGAAGCUUCACGAGACGUUUCCAUCGAUUCUCGACGCGCUCAGAGGUGUCUCGGUAUUCGAGAAAAUUCUCAGGGUCACGGUGGAAAAGCGUCGAGUUUUCCGCUUCGUGAGUGAGUGAAUUAAACGUGGCCGAAAAUGGCGGGGUAAAUGGUGCGCGUGAUCGUCCCUCCAAGUCAUCCCCAAAAAGCUGGAAUCUUCUGUUGGUUCUGAGGACAUUGGAAUUUGUCAACGCGAUACGUGACGCCACCUUGUGGAACGAUUAGAAUGUUUUGACGUAAAUAAGAGGAAGUGUAACGAAAAUACGAGCUUUUCUAAAGGAUUCUCUUUCAUAUCAACCAUGGGCAGAAUAUUGACGAUCUCGAUCAUCAUCAUCGCUUUAUUGAUGACAGUGCCAGAAAGUCGUGGUGCAUCCCGAGUUCUCAAAAUUGGCGCAAUCUUCCAUGCUGGCGACGAGGAGCAUAUGGCUGCAUUUCUAAAGGCGGCGUACGAGGUGAAAUUCCAGCACGUCGCACCCACAUUCGAGCUGCAGCCCAUCACAAAGCACGUGGAAGUUAAUACCGACAGCUUCAAGACCGCAGCCGCUGCUUGCGAGCUGAUCCAGGAAGGGGUGGUCGCAAUCUUCGGUCCUUCGAGCCCUUACACCUACGGAGUUGUUGCAAACAUCGCAACGAAAUUUGAUAUACCCCACAUUGAUUACGUUUGGCGAUUGAACGAGGAACCGAUAACAGAUCAAGAGCCACAGAAUCCUAUGCCCAUGACCACCAACAUGUACCCUGACAGUGAUAUGGUUAGCAAGGCGAUCGCAGACGUUGUCGAGUCCAUGAAAUGGAACAGUUUCGUAGCUCUCUACCAGACGAACGACGGUCUGUCGCGGAUCCAAAAGUCCUUGUCGUUAAGCCGAAAAAAGGACGGUGUGAUGACGAUAAGAAGACUCACCGAAGGGUCGGAUUACCGACCUAUCCUGAAGGAGAUUCGCGCUCUGUCCAUCUGCAACGUGAUCAUCGACGUGGAGCCCAACAACAUCGUCGAGGUGCUCUACCAAGCGAGGGAUGUCAAGCUGUUGGCGGACUACUGUAAUUUCUUAAUUACGUAUCUGGAUUCGACCAAACUACCCCUUUCGGAAGUGCGGAAUGGAACGGGGGCCAACAUCACCGGGCUCAGUUUACGGGAGAACGAUUUGGAAGGCAUUAAUUGGGUGGAGUCAGCCGUUCUGUAUGAUUCGGUGUUCCUCCUUUAUAACGCGUUGGAUGCCCUGAAUGCAAGGAAUCAGGACAACGAGGAUCCUGUAACUAUUGACCCGGUACCGCUCUCUUGUGAAGAGGCAGAGAAAUACACUGCAGGUCCCAACAUUACCAGCCUUUUGCGCGAGCUCUCCAAACAGGGUAAAAUCACAGGGCCAAUGGGCCUGGACGAGAAUGGUCGACGUCAGUAUUCCAACAUACGAAUCAUGGACGUGAGACCAGGAGAGAGUGUACAAACAGGAUACUGGGAUCCUGAUGGGCUUCAUUCGAUCGACAACGAAGAGGAACGAGAGAGUUACUUAUACAAAUCAAUCGAAUUGAAGAAAUUUAAAAUCUCCACCAAAGUGGGACCACCGUACAUAAUGGUGGUGACUGACAGCGCUACUAGAGGUAUACUGAUCGAGCAAACACGCUAUGAAGGGUUCUGCAUCGAUCUCAUCGAGGAAAUUUCGAAAUUGUUGAAAUUUAAGUACGAAUUUGAAUUAGUUCCCGAUGGCAAUUAUGGCACUUAUGAUAAAGAUACGAAACAGUGGAAUGGUCUGAUUAGACGUCUUCUAGAUCGAGAUGCAGAUCUGGCUAUUUGCGAUCUGACGAUCACCUACGAACGGGAAAGCGCGGUCGAUUUCACAAUGCCAUUCAUGAAUCUAGGUAUCAGCAUUUUAUUCAGAAAACCAGAGGAGAAAGAGCCAGAUCUAUUCUCCUUCCUGUCACCGUUGUCAACUGACGUCUGGAUUUACAUGGCGACUGCUUUCUUGGUAGUUUCGAUAAUGCUGUUUCUGCAGGCUAGAAUAGCUCCCGGUGAAUGGGACAAUCCACACCCAUGCAACCCAGACCCGGAGGAGUUGGAGAACAAUUUCACUUUGAAGAACUCCAUGUGGCUCACUUCCGGCUCUAUCAUGCAACAGGGCUCCGAUAUACUUCCCAAAGCACCAUCGAUCCGAAUGGUGGCUGGCAUGUGGUGGUUCUUCACAUUGAUCAUGGUUUCUUCGUACACUGCCAAUUUGGCUGCGUUUUUGACAGUCGACAAAAUGGAUACCCCGAUCAAGGGUGUCGAGGAUCUCGCCAAACAGACAAAAAUUAAGUACGGAGCCGUAGAUGGUGGAUCCACGUCUGCCUUCUUCAGGGAUUCGAAUUAUUCAACUUAUCAACGCAUGUGGGCUGCGAUGAUGGAGACAAGACCAAGUGUCUUCACGAAAACUAAUGACGAGGGGGUUGAGCGAGUGUUGAAGAAAUUCGAUUACGCUUUCCUCAUGGAAUCGACCACAAUAGAGUACAGAAUGGAGAGAAACUGUGACCUCGAUAAAGUUGGAGGGCUUAUCGAUAACAAGGGAUAUGGAAUUGCCUUGCCACGAAAUUCCCCGUACAGAACCCCCAUAAGCGGCGCGAUACUGAUGCUGCAAGAGAAAGGGGUGCUGCAAGAUCUAAAGAAAAAAUGGUGGGAGGAGCGUGGUGGUGGGAUGUGUUCCAAGGGUGAUUUAGAGCCGACAAAUUCGAGCGAAUUAGGGUUGCCCAACGUCGGUGGUGUUUUCUUGGUCCUUUUGAUCGGAUGCUGCGGCUCGAUCUUUAUUGGCAUUUGCGAAUUCCUCUGGAAUGUCCGUAAGGUCGCUGUAAACGAAAAGGUCACUCCGUGGGAGGCACUGGUAGCAGAAUUGAGAUUCGCCGUGAACAUUUGGGCGGAGACGAAACCCGUUAAAAUCUCGAAAAGCAGCGGCACGAGUUCGAUGGACGACGGUAUCGGCAGGGCAGCAUCGACGGCUCGUUCCAUCGUCGGCUCCUUCCUUCGACUCGACAUCCUCGACAAAUUCGAUAAAGAUAACAACACCAAUGAUCGCAGCAACGAUCGCAAGAUUAAUUGAAACAACGUUGACGAAUAGAUCGAUUCGUUUGUUGCUAAAGGACAAUUAGAGUGAUCAGUAGUUAGAAUCUUUUAUAUUGCUGCAAGUUGUGUAUAGAGUAUAACAAAUAGGUUUUGCUAUUUAGAAAUUAUAUUCUUUAUUGGGUGUUGAUAAUUUAAAAAUGAAAAAUUUUAUAAUUUAUAACUGGAAGUUUAACGAAUAAUUUGUUUUUUAAUAAAAUAAAUUAAUAUAAUUUCAG